AUGUCGCUUGAAUCUGUGCCAAAAAGGUUAUCGUGUGGUGUAGUGAUUAUCGAUGUGAGCAGAAGCUCGUCAAUACGACGUACAAAACGAGCGUCCCCCUGUUCGAUCCAGACGAAUGGUGAUUGGAUGACGAUUUCGGUGCGUUCUCCAGACAAGGAGCCCACGCCGCCCAAGCAGAUCAACUUCGCUGAGCCGCUGGUCGAGUCGGUCCGUGUUUACCUUGCCAAUGAGCUGCCAUCCAAGCAGCUAGCACUAGUGCCACGCGCGUCUGAGUCCCCAGAACCGGCUACCUCGCCACCUGCGACUCCAGUCUGUGAUGUGGACAUAGCGACACAUACUGCUCACGAAGAAAUCAAAGGUAUCAACUUUGAAGCUCGACUCAAGCGUAAUGACCUAAACAACAACUCGUCGCGCAACCAAAACGAAAGCCAACAGAACGGCGCCAUGCCCAGCCAGGCAGAGUUGAUGCAGCGCCAACCAUUGCUGGCGCGCACCGCCAAAGCGGACGCGCCGCAGCCAACCACCGAUGAGUCGGACCCCGACCAAGACCACUCACCACAACGAAUGCACGCAGGAGAAUUCAUAGUUGAAAUCCCAGCAGGUGCCGUGAGGGAGGAAAGAUAUCCCAAAGAAAUAUGGAAAACGAUAUUAUCAUUUUUCUUCUUAUUCAUAUGUGUGUGUAUAAACAUGAUGUCGCUGUCCUUAGUUCACGAACGACUACCGGACAGAAAUACAACACCGCCACUUAACGACAUAGUAUUAGAUAAUGUGGAGGCACAGGAUUGGGGACUCGCUGUGUCCGAGUACAUGAUAAUGAUAUCGACCACCGUCGCAAUGAUAGUAGUCGUCUUCCACAAGCAUCGCUUCAUCGUCGCACGAAGACUGUUCAUCAUAAUCGGCCUACUGUAUUUGUACCGGUCUGUCACCAUGUUCGUGACUGUCCUUCCGGUUUCAAGCAAAACGUAUUACUGUAGCCCGAAGAGUAACACAACUUCACCCCUUCUGGUUCUCAAACGAACAUUUUACUUAAUAUCCGGAUUCGGUUUGUCUAUAAACGGCAAACACACUUACUGCGGAGACUUCAUAUACUCCGGCCACACGAUGGUUCUAGUGCUGAGUUACUUGAUAGUGGCGGAGUACUCACCGAAGAAGCUGUGGCCGAUGCACUGGGCGCUGUGGGGCUCGGCGCUGCUGGGCGUGUCGUUCGUGCUGCUGUCGCACGGGCACUACACGGUGGACGUGGUGAUCGCGUACUACGUGACGACGCGGCUGUUCUGGACGUACCACUCGCUGCUGGUGACGCCGCACCGCGCCGGCAACGGCUACAACCACUACAUGAUCCAGCGCGAGUGGUGGUACUGGCUGUUCACGUACCUGGAGCGCAACGUGCGCGGGCCGGUGCCGCGGCGCUACGACUGGCCGCUGCCGUGGCCCCGCACCAAGCUGUUCAGCCGCCUCAGCUAG